CCAAACAUGUUGUAUCCCCCCCCUUUUUUUUUUCUUUUCUAGCAGUUUGAUACGUUUUAUAUUCUUUUACUUUAAAAACCCAUUUGGCUCAUCUAAUUCAAGUUUAAAGCAUAAAGAGAGAGAAACAAUACAAUGUCUGGAAAUAAUCAACGUCUCAAUAUUUUCCCUACGCGAAUGGCGCUUACCAACAUGAAGCUCAAGUUGAAGGGAGCUCAAACUGGUCAUUCACUUUUAAAGCGUAAGUCUGAAGCUUUAACCAAACGUUUCAGAGGAAUCACCGUCAAGAUUGAUGAGCUCAAGCGCAAGAUGGGACAAGUUAUGCAACUUGCUUCUUUCUCUCUUGCUGAAGUUCAGUACAUUACUGGUGAUAUCAGUUAUCAAAUCCAGGAAUCAUCAAAGUCUGCUCAAUUACGUGUUCGUGCCAAGCAAGAGAAUGUCUCUGGUGUUAUGCUUCCUGUAUUUGAAAUGUACAACGAAGGUGGCAAUGCUUUCGAAUUCACUGGUCUCGGACGUGGUGGACAACAAAUCCAAAGAGCCAAGGAAGUUUAUACCAAGGCAGUUGAGACAUUGGUCGAACUUGCCAGUUUACAGACUGCCUUUGUUAUUUUGGACGAGGUUAUCAAGGCAACCAACCGUCGUGUCAAUGCUAUUGAGCAUGUUAUUAUUCCUCGUUACGAAAAUACCAUCAAAUAUAUCACUUCCGAAUUGGAUGAGCAAGACAGAGAAGAGUUCUUCAGAUUGAAAAAGGUUCAAAGUAAGAAGAAGGAGCGUGCUGCUGUUGAUGAAGCUGUUAGAAUACAGGAUGCUGCUCUUGCCGAGCAAAAGGGUCAUGAAGCUCCCAUUCUUCAAGCCGCACAGGAAACUGGUCAACUUGAUAUGUUGGACCGUGAAGAUGAGGAUAUCAUUUUCUAAUACAUAAGAAUUUGCCUAUUCCAUAUACAUAUAUAUAAAAAAAAAGAUUGUGCUUAUAUCCCUGUUUUGUAAA